GAUUACUGUUUGUUUCAGAAUUUUUGGGCACUGUGUUAAUUUGAAUAACAAAAUAUGGGGUGUCUUUGGUACGAGUUCUUUAGGUGAAACCUUACUGUACCAUCUCAUAUAUUGUUAUAUACUAGUGAUGAUUAAAUUGAAAAGCACUUUUUCUUAAGAAUUCAAUUAAUAUUAUAGCGUUCUUUCUAUUCUGUUCAGAAAAUGUAUUAUGCUAUCUUGACUUGGAAGACAUUUGCAUUAUAUGAGUUGUGUUUUUACAUGCAUAAACAUUGAAAAAUAAAGCAAUCUUAGUGCUGCAAUAGUGAACUAUUUGUCUCUGUAAUUUUUCCUCGUUUCAAAUUCACAAUGUUACAGCUAUUUUGUUUGGAAAAUCAGAUUUUGUUCAAUACUUUUAAUCUCCAAAACAAAGGGAGUUUGGAAAAAGUAUUUUUUGAAUCUGAUUUUUCCAGCCCAUCAAUAUCAAAGGUUUCAAUGACAUUGGUGCCCAGAAUUAAUUUAGAAAUAUGAACUCUUACUUUUUAUUUCGAAUUGGUAUUAAUACUAGUUUACAAAGAGGCAUGACAGAUGUUUUGUUAUUCAUUUGUAAAAUGAUUUGAUCACUUUAAUAAUAGUGGUAUGCAAUGAUCCACUAUACUUUUGAAUUUGGACAACAUGAUGGUAAUGGAGCAAAUACCUACUUUGGAUGUUUAUCUUUUGAGUUUAUUAGGGUAAAUUUUUUUAAGAACAAUCUUCUAUUGCAAGGUAUCUAUGAUUGAGUGUGGAUGAUGAUCAUCUGAGAAGAAUUUCUUCAAUUUUGUUUGAGUUGUGUUGAAAAGCUUUUCAUCUCCACACGUAACACAGGAUAAAAAGGUGGCUUGAAGUCAUGGAUCUUCUUUUUGUUUUGGGUUAUGGAUGUAAAACCCUGAUUCCUGAUCUUAUAGCUUUCACAAGGUAACGGAAAAAAAGUUAUGAUACCUCUCAGUUGUAUGGCUAUUGGCUAGUACUUGAAAAUGACUAAAAGUAUUCACCAUUCAAUCCUUAAUUCGAGGUCAAAGAUGAAAAAUUCACUUGUUGGUUUUAGGGAAUGUAACCAUAUACUCAGUAUUUGCCAUUGACGCUGACAACCAAUCAUUACCUAUUAAUUAUGGAGUUCCUAAGCUUUUCUAUUUCCUUCUUAUAUUGUUUGAUAUUUUAUUCCUGCCGUGCUACUUUUUCCCAGGAUUUUUCAGAAAUGUAAACCAACCAAACCAAAUGCCCCCUUAAUUUUCAUUCCCUUUCUGUUUUACAUAAUUACUAAAUUAGUUUCCAUGAAAUCUUUUAGUGUCUCAGGUGAUAUCCAGGAGGACACACUCUCAGGUGAAAAUGCCGGCUUAAUACAUUUAUUUGUCAUGGUGGUUGUGUAACCUGUGGUGAUUUUACUCCUAAUGAUAGUAGUUUCUCUUCGUCUUGGGGCAUUUUUUUUAUUUGUCAAAUGUUGUCAUUUGUGUUACAUAUAUUUACACUCUUCCCUUUCCUUUUACUGGGUACCUUACAGAAAAUAAUUUGUGCUGGUUCUAACAACGGAACCUUGAGAAUGUGGAAUCUAAUAUUAUGUGUAAGAAGCUAUAAUACUAAAACUAAAAUAUUAUGUGCUAGAAGCUACCAGGAAACUAGUCAUACAUUCCAUCCCAGCAGUAUUGGUGUACCCAUUUAUUUUAGAAAAAUGAUAUCUAUUUGCUUCUCCUGGAAGACUAUUCAUUACUCGUUCUUUUACGUAGUUGUUUUUCUAGAAGCUUCAAUUGUGUGUAUAUAUGAAUGUGUUUUUGGUAUUUGCUUUCUAUUCCUUGUUUAUGCAUUUUGUCAAUUAUUCAUAGCUCUGAUUUAAAUUGCCUUUGUUCUUACAACUCAUUAUAGUGAUUUUAUUUUUCAAAAACAUAUUCUGGAAUUUUCACAGGAAAAAAAAAUAUGGGUUGCAAUUUAAGCAAAAUUUAAAAUCAAUUGAAAGCAUCUUCACAUGCAUCUUUUAUCUCUUUUCUCAAUAUCAAAUAGGGACAACAUUCAUGAGGUAAAACUCGAUGUAUAUAAUGUCAUGACCGCUUCACAAAAAAUUGAUGUAUAAUAAUUGUUUCAUACGCAGAUCUUGUUUUUCUUUUUGUUUUUCGUAACUUGCUAGAGUUUGCUUUAUUUGAAGCUGUAUUAUAGACAGAUGCGUUGAUUACAAUGACAAGAUUUAUUUUCAUCAUGUGUGUUUUCAUGCUCUUAAUAGAGAUGGAAAUCUAACAAUUCUUGCAGAUAAGGUGUGGAGGUCACAUGGACACACAAGUGGGAUACUGAGUGUGUUUAGUAAGCUCUAAUAGGAUAUGCGUUAUCAAGACCAUUUUGACAGCAGUGUUUCUACUCAACUGAUGCUCAUUUCUCAGGAUGUCUGAGGUUGUUUCUCCAACCGGCGAUGAAUCCCCUUCAUUGCCGGUCUUACCUGAUGAACUGAUAUUGAAGAUCCUACUUAGGGUUCCGGUGAGAUCCCUUUUGCAAUUCAAGUGUGUCUGCAAAUCAUGGAAUGCCCUAAUCUCUGAUCCCCAAUUCGCGAAUGACCACCUUUGCACCUCAAUUGCUGAUCCAAACAUGACCCACCAACGAUUGGUCUCUUCCACCUCCUCUAAGCCCUGCAAAAUUGUAUCUUUCUCUGUGCAGUCUUUGUUCCAAAACCCAUCAACUGGUGCUGAACCACAGAUCUUGCAGAUGAGUCUCAAGUACCACAUUGUAGGUUCUUGCAAUGGCUUAUUAUGUUUGUUUGAGAUUUAUCAAGGUUAUUUCAAAUUGUGGAACCCUUCUACCGGAUUGAAAUCCAAAAGAUUGUCAAUAGGUGUUUUCCCUGAUGUGAUUAUUACUUACCAUGGUUUUGGCUAUGACCAUGUGAAUCACAAGUACAAGUUGCUAGCAGUUGUGGAAGAUGUUCAUGAAACUCUAACCAAAAUAUAUUCCUUUGGUUCAAAUUCUUGUACUGUGAUUCAGACUUUCCCGUGUGAUCCCACUAGGAUGCAAGGAAAAUUUGUGAGUGGCACUCUUAAUUGGAUAGCUAAGGGAGGUGUAAGUGAUGAUCAAUGGGUGAUUCUUUCCCUUGAUAUGGCGAAUGAGACAUACAGUGAAAUGGUUCUGCCUGAUGAGGAAGAUGAGAAGAUUUGCAGUCCUGUGCUACAUGUCUUGUGCAACUCUAUCUGUGUUUGUUUCUUUGACUCUAAGAGUGCUCAUUGGAUUGUGUGGCUGAUGAAGGAGUACGGAGCUCAAGAUUCUUGGACUAAAUUGAUGAUGGUCCCUCACAUUGGGCGUGAGAUUAGUGCAGGGUAUCCCUUGUUUGAGCCCUUGUGCAUCUCAGAAAAUGGUGUUGUUCUCCUGAAAACUACUUCUGCCAAAUUAGUUCUGUAUAAUUCGAAUGAUAGUAGGUUGGAUUAUCUCAGCACUAGGGGUGAACUUGGGUUUAAUAUGCAUAUUUUCCUUGAAAGUUUGGUUUCACCACAAUUAUAAAAUCACAUUUGUGGAUUCCAUCCUGCUGUGCUACUAUGAGAUGCUGUUUGUUUCAGAAUUUUUGGGCACUCUGUUAAUUUGAAUAACAGAAUAUGGGGUGCUUUUA